CCUGGGGCGCAGGCGCGGCACCGCUGGCUUCCGGCACCCCCAGGCCCAGCUGGGCCCCGCCACUGCUUCUGCCCGCACUGGGGGGUCCCCGAGGCCGCCAGACCCUCCCCAGACGUGGGUGCGCCAGCGGGGAAGGAGUCCAUCGCCAUCCGGUCUUCUCCGGGUGUGGCGUCGGCGGUGGGAAGGAGACCGACGCCGACCGCUUCUCACCACCAGUGGCUGCGCUGCGGGGCCCCAUUGCCACUGGCUCCUCCCCAGGCGUGGUGGUUCUUGGGGGAGAAGGACCCUCAUUGCUGUAGGAGCCUCCCCAGACGUGGUUCAGACUCGGCUCCUCACCAGAAGUCAUCCCACCAGUGCCUCACCUCCAUCAGAACUUUCCCAGAAGUGGCUGCGCUGCAGGACCUCAUUUUCUGCUGCUUCUCCCCAGAAGUGGUCCCACCAAGACCUCUCUCCAUCAGCUGCUCCUCAGAGAACAUCCCACCAAGGCCUCAUCGCCAUCAGCUCCUCAUCAGAAGUGGUCCCACCAGGGUCUCAUCUGCAUUGGCUCUUCCUCAUAAGUGGUUGUACUGCAGGACCUCAUCUUCUGCUGCUCCUCCCUAGAAGCAAUCCCACCAGGACCUCAUCUUCUGCUGCUCCUCCCUAGAAGCAAUCCCACCAGAACCUCAUUUCCAUCAUCUCCUCCCCAGGAGUGGUCCCACCAGGACCCCAUCUCUACUGGCUCCUCCAUAGACACCAUCCCACCGGGACCCCAUCACCGUUAGCUCCCGCAGUCAGCAGCCACCAUGGAGGCAUGGAGGCAGUGUGCCCGCUGGCUGGUGGCGGCGCGGGUGCUGCCUGCGGGACACCGGGCGAGCAGCCCCGGGGGGCAGGUGUGGGACCUGGCACAGGCACUGCGGGAUGGAGUGCUGCUCUGUCACCUCCUCAAUGCUCUCCUGCCUCGCGCCGUGCCCCCCCGGGACAUCUGUCCUCGUCCCCAGAUGUCACAGUUCUUGUGCCUGAGGAACAUCCGCACCUUCCUGACUGCCUGUGCUGACAAGUUUGGGCUCCCGAAACACCGUCUCUUCGGUGCCUUCGACCUCUUUGACGUCCAAGACUUCGGCAAGGUGAUUGACACCCUCUCGACGCUCUCCUGGACCCCCAUCGCCCAGAGCAAAGGCUUCACGCCCUUCCCCAGUGAGGACUGCGUUGGGGACGAUGACAUCUACAGCGGCCUCUCUGACCUCAUCGACGAUACGGCAGAGGAGGACGAUGACCUCUACGACUGCGUCGAAGCCGAAAGGGACGACGGCGAUGACAUCUACGAGGACCUGAUGCGGGUGGAGACACCCCCAGCUAUGAAGGUGGAGGUGGACCGGAGGCUCUGCUGCCUCCAGGAGUUGCGACAGACGGAGGAGAGGUACACCGAGACCCUCGAGUCCAUCUGCCAGCACUUCCUGCGGCCGCUGCGGUACUUCCUGCAGCCCCAAGACCUCGAGAGCAUCUUCAUCAACAUCGAGGAGCUCCUGCAGCUGCACCGGCUCUUCCUGGGGGAGCUGCGGGGGGCACUGGGGGGUUCCGGGGGGGGGCGCGGGCUGCCCCCCCUCUUCCUUGCCUACAAGGAGAGGUUCCUGCUCUACGGCCGCUACUGCAGCCAAGUGGAAGCGGCCGCCCGGCGCCUCGACCAGCUCGCGACCAACACCGACCUCCGCAUGAAGCUGCAGGAGUGUUCCCAACGAGCCAACAACGGGCGCUUCUCCCUGCGGGACCUCCUGAUGGUGCCGAUGCAACGGGUGCUCAAGUACCACCUCCUGCUCCAGGAGCUGGUGAAGCUGACCCCAGAACCGACCGAGAGGGAGAGGCUGCGGGCAGCCCUGGAUGCCAUGAGGGACCUGGCACAGUGUGUGAAUGAGGUGAAACGGGACAACGAGACCCUGAAACAGCUCACGAGUGUCCAGCUCUGCCUCCACAACAUGCCACAGUCCCUGGCGCAGUUUGGGCGCCCCAAAAUCGACGGGGAGCUGAAGGUCUCCAGCACCGAGCGGCGCUCCAAGGUGGACAGGUAUGGCUUCCUCCUAGACAAGGCUCUGAUCAUCUGCAAGCGCCGCGGGGACUCCUAUGAAACCAAAGAUGUCGUGGACCUGCAGAGCCACCAACUGCGGGAUGGUGACCUCGGCCCUCGUGACGGCAAGAAGUGGACCCACACCUUCCUGCUCAUCAACACGGCUGGGCUGCAGGGCUACGAGCUCUUCUUCAAGACCCGUGAGUUGAAGAAGAAGUGGCUGGAGCAGUUCGAGAUGGCCCUCUCCAACAUCUUCCCUGAGCACGCCCUGGCUGAUGGGCAUGACUUCCAGAUGUUCUCCUUCGAGGACACCACAUCCUGCAGAGCCUGCCAGAUGUUGCUGAGGGGCAUGUUCUACCAGGGCUACCGCUGCAGCCGGUGCCGAGCCCCCGCGCACAAGGAGUGUUUGGGACGGCUGGGGACCUGCGGCAAGGGCGGUGCCGAUUCAGGCUCUGGCACAAGGAAGAACAAGUUGCAGCGGCCAGGCCCUGAGAAGAAGCGGGGAGACCUGGGCUUGCCCAAGAUGGAAGCGAGCCAGCCCUACAGCGGCAUCCCACCACCUCCGGGGUCUAUGGGUCCUGCCCUACGCCUCAGCCCUGGAGAUGUCAUCGAGGUCACUGUGGCCGAGGCUGAGCAGCUCUGGUGGCAGGGCAGGAACGUGGCCAACGGCGACCUAGGCUGGUUCCCCUGUGCUGCUGUGAGACCCUUCAUCUGUGUGCCACUGCCGGAUCUCUCUGUCUACCCCUGGUAUGCUGGUCCCAUGGAGCGGGGGGAAGCUGAGCAGCUCCUGAUGCCCCGCUCCGACGGUGCCUUCCUGGUGCGACAGCGGGUGAAGGAUGCCGGUGAAUUUGCCAUCAGCAUCAAGUACCGUGGGGAGGUGAAGCACAUCAAGGUGAUGACGGCGGAGGGACUCUAUCGUGUCACUGAGAAGAAGGCGUUCAAGGGGCUGGUGGAGCUGGUGGAGUUCUACCAGCGCAGCUCACUCAAGGAUUGCUUCAAAGCCCUUGACACAGCACUUGUGGUGCCCUUCAAGGAGCCUGAGAGCCGGGCUGGUCCUCGGCCACCUGGAGCCAUGCGCAGCUUUGGUUCGGCCAAAGCCCGCUAUGACUUUUGCGCCCGGGACCGGACGGAGUUGACGCUGCGGGAGGGUGACAUCAUCCACGUCCUCAGCAAGAAGGGCCACCCAGGCUGGUGGAAAGGAGAGAUAUAUGGGCGGGUUGGAUGGUUCCCCGCAAACUACGUAGAGGAGGAUUACUCAGAGUAUUGCUGACCAUGGACCCCCACUCCAUCCCAUCCACCACCUUGUGUCCCACCACCUGUGUCUCCCCUAGAGGCUACCACAUCCCUCCCCAUCCUCCUCCCCACCAUUAAUUUAUGCCUCUUCCUGCCCAGGAGGGACAAUAAACGAGGAUGAGG